AUGUUGGGAGACAAGAAGAAGUCGAGCCGUCGGCUGUCGAGUUUGUUCGGAUCGUCUGGGUCGUCGGAACCGUCAUCAGGGUCUACGAAUACGAAGUUGAGCCCAACACCUGCUUCGUCAGAGUCCAGCAGCCGCCUGACCAAAGUGCGCAACCGCCUCUCCUCGGCGUCACAUCUGACGCCCGAAUACCCUCCACCAGCUGCACCCGCCUCUCCACGUCAAGUGUCUCUUUCCAAUCCCACUAUCCAGCCAGUCGACCCUGCCGAUCUUGAGCCGCUGGAGCCGCCGCCGCCGCUCGAGGUCCCUUCGCGCGCAUCUUCCCCCGCUAGCAGUCGACCAGGAACGCCGAGCUUAGAACCAAGUUCUGAAGGCAAACUCAAGAAACUGCGCAGGAAGAGCGGUCUUUUUGGAGGCCCGCCAGGUGGCAUUGAGGGGCUCAAUGGCUCGCACAGCAGAACAUCGUCAGGCAAUGCCAGCCCGCUUGCGUGGAUAGUCGGACACAAGGGCAAGGUCCCAUACAACCUGACCUUCUUGUUGAACGGCGAAAAGGUGCCUGAACUAUGGGACGAUGCAGGUGACACGUUUGUCUACCUCUUUCCCCGCACAUCUGACAAGGGCCCUUCCUUCCGUAUCGACUCGUCCGUAUACGCAGCAUCACAGCUGCUCACCCGCCUCGUACAUGGCAGCCUCUACAGCGAUGGGAACGUGCCCCCGCUAGAUCUGGCAGAAAGAACGUCGCGACGCGUGUCUCGUGAACCCUUUGGCGAACAAUCACGGACCGCAUCUCCCGACCAAAGCCAGAUAGGAAGCUCGGAUGAAUCGAUAUCCAAGGGGUCCAGAGCGCUAAGCGACGCCCUCGAUGAUGAGUACACGGAAAAGCAUCUAUACAUGCCGAUCUCGCUGAGCUCAGACUCAAACAUCACGCCUCACGAGCCGCAACUAAACGCAAGCGACACGGACACAUUGGUCACCUACCGCAACUUUUUCGCCUUUCUCAUUGGCCAGUCGCUGGUCGCUACGGAGCGUCACUCAGACAUCUUCGACAUAUUCCUGCGGAUAGGAGACAUUUUGUCACACUAUGCCUUCUCCAACGUUGAUGGAUCUACCUUUGGCGAAGUUGCUGCUUCGAGCUUCGACUGCUAUGUCGAUGAAUUGACUCUGGCAGACGUCCGUCACAGCCGCGAGAAGACGAUAGAAGCCAUUGUAUUAGGAGAAAGAUUGCGGUCCAUGUCGCUAUACACGGAAGGCUUUGUCCACGCUGCUGGAAAGUACGACAGCAUCAAAGAGCUGGACUCGCCCAAAUUUGCCAUGAUCAGCCCCAAGAGUGCUACGCGACUAGCUCGUGCUGCUAUGGAUCUGGACAACCGCGAAGCCACCAUCAAUGGAAAGCUCAAAGACUUUGAGUUUCCGCACAUUUUCUCCGGUAUCAUGAACAGCGCCAUGGCAAGCGAAGGCAAGGUCAUUAGCUUCAAAAAAUGGAGGGCUGCCUUCAUGACGAUCAAAUCUUUUGUUAUGGACUACUACCGGCACAAGUACGGUUCAUGGCUACCAAAAGCCAAGUCAAAGAAGAACAACCUAACCACAAGUGGCCUUAACCGAUUGGUCCUAUUGGAAAUUUACCACGACAUGUCCAACUUGUAUGACCUCCUUGUGGACAGGAAGAACUUGACGAAUCGCACCGCGGACGGCUUCAUCGCAGAAGACGAGGGAACUGAUAUCGAAUCAAUUGUCGCACGUGCGCUGAGAAAGGUUUUGAGCGAAUACGACCGUAGCACGCCGCCAGUCGCGCCACCAAUUCCUUUUGACCUGCCACUAUAUCCCAUUUCGCAAAACGCAAAGACAGGCGACGCGAAGAAGGAUGCGAAAGCACGUGGGAAAAAGCUACACAAAGACGAAGUAGCAAAACUGCUAAAGCAAUCGCACAAUGCAGACGCUGAACAGCAAACACCAUUCUUGGAGGCUUUCCGCCAGUUUGAAUUCAAGCAAGCCACGGGCUCGAAUAUGGACGACAUGUGGGAUAUGCGGUCGGGACAGUGGCUGUUCCUGUACGCCGUCAUCCAGUCAUUACCCAUGUUGAUCGUUGAUGCACCCGGCGUCCGGUUUACCGAGGGUGUGGAAUACUUCCUGUGCGAGGUACCUCGAAGCGGUGUACCGUGGGCUCGGGAGGACACAACACGAUCUCGAACAUGGUUUGGUGUAGCAGGAGGAGCACAGGUCGUCAGCUUACCAACGGAUGUUGUCGAACACGGAGUUGAAGGCACCUUCCGACGAUCUCAUUGUUGGAAGAAGGCACAAGAAUGGGCAGCAAACGAUACACUUCUCAACGCCGCGAUGCAGGAGCUGAACGCAGAAGCUUCACCAUUACCCCCGCCACCUGGCCUCCUGGACCCUUCAGCCGCUGCCCGUGGACGAUCUCAGAGCCCCGACCGGCGGCGGGAGAGUGUCAUGAACCUCGGGCUGGAGGCGUUGCCUUUGCCUCCUGGUGUAGCCCCGCCAAUGCCCAUGGGCUCGCCCUCGCUGAGACCCGCGUCGAAUCACGAUCCCAACAAGACAUUUGACGACAUACUUGGAACGACGCCUGACAAUGGCAAAUCGAAGAAGAAGACUCAUCCACAACUCGUUGCGACUCUGCGGGCUGUUGAGGCUUUGGUUUGCUUCGACCGCGGUUUUCGCAUCCUCCUAUUCGUCAAGAUGACGUCCUCGUUACCUGGAAACCGCGACUUGCCCGUCUCGCAGUACGAUCUGGGCACAUACUGGGGUCGCGUGCAGCACUCAGCAAAUAUAUCAGAUCCGAGAACCCUCCUCACCUCGUCAGCCAGCCUCGAAAAUGCAAAGAAGCUCGUCACCGCGUACAAGACGGGCAAGAUCCCAGAUAUGACACCGGAGCUGUGGAACGCAAAGAAAAUCAUCGACUCUACCAUACAUCCAGACACGGGACAGCCAGUCUUUCUGCCUUUCCGCAUGUCGAGCUUUGUUCUGACCAAUCUGGUCGUCACGGCUGGGAUGCUUACACCAGGUCUUGGGACGGCGGGAACACUAGGAUGGCAAGUCACCAACCAGUCCGUCAACGUCGGAAUCAACUUCUCCAACGCGAAUAAGUCGGUCCCGCUCUCUACCUCGACCAUCGUCCAGUCGUACCUCACCGCCGUCAGCGCAUCCUGCGGUGUUGCACUCGGUCUCAACGCGCUGGUGCCCCGCCUUAAGAGCCUCUCGCCCAAUGCAAAAGUCAUCGCGGGUCGGUUAGUGCCUUUUGCGGCUGUCGCAACAGCGGGGGCGCUCAAUGUGUUCUUGAUGCGCGGCGAGGAGAUCAGGCAGGGCAUCGACGUGUACCCCGCGCUAUCAGAAGCUGAGCGACAGCGAGUAGAUACAGGCGAUCUCGAGAUCAAGCCAUUGGGAAAGAGCAAGAAAGCGGCCACACUGGCAGUGGGAGAAACAGCGCUGAGCCGUGUGCUCAAUGCAACGCCGAUCAUGGUGCUGCCUCCUCUGAUUCUUGUUAGGCUGCAGAAGACCGAGUGGCUUAAGCAGAGGCCUAGGAUGGUGACUCCUGUUAACCUGGGACUUAUUUUCACGACGUCCAUCUUCGCACUACCGCUUGCGCUCGCUGCGUUCCCACAACGUCAAGCUAUUAGUGCGAAGACGCUUGAGCCCGAGUUUCAUGAGCGCGGUGGCAAGGAUGGAAUGGUGGAGUUUAACCGUGGGAUAUGA